AUGUUCGAGCGACGAGCCGCCGAUCGAUAUCAUCUUCGCAUGCACCGAGCCCGAUCGGCCGUGCUGACUACCAAUGAACUGGUCGAAGUACGAGCAGCGCAACGGACCUUUGAAGGGGCUUAUGUCCGCACCGCCUUGUCCCUAUUUUCCUUUUCGCUGGCAGUGCUCAAGAUCUUCACCGCCGAGUUCUAUAGCAUUGGCGCGCUAUUCGCUGUCUACGGGUCGGGAGUCCUGAUGAUCGGGAUGUAUCGUCGAUCUCAGCGCAAUCGCCAGUUUUACUUUGAAUUAGGGGAAGAUGGCAUCCACCGCAAAAAAUUCCGGACUAGUGGGAAUGCGGUCGUGAUCCUGACCGCGCUGAGUAUUGCAGCAUACGUGUGCCUGAUCAUCUUAACUUUGAAUAUGCACCACUGA